CAAGCGAUCUCACCACCGCAGCAGCAGCACCCAGUGUGAUAGCACGAGCAGCAGCAGCGGCAGCAGCAGCGUAACACAGCCAUGUGGAAGGUCGCGGUCUCCGCACUUUGCUUCGCCGUCCUGGCGAACGCCGGUAACAUUCGCGGAGGCGUUGGUGGAUUUGGCGGCGGCGGCUUUGGUGGGCACCACGGUGGUGGUGGCGGUUUCGGCGGACACCACGGUGGUGGUGGCGGCGGUUUCGGCGGUCACCACGGUGGCGGCGGCGGCUUCGGCGGAGGCCUGGGCGGCGCUGGACUCGGCGGUGGACUUGGUGGUGGACUUGGCGGCGGACUCGGCGGCGGCGGCCUCGGAGGACAGAGCUUCACCGUCCACCACGGUGGUCACCACGGCGGCGGCGGCGGCGGCUACAGGGGUGGAUUUGGCGGUGCAGGCGGACUCGGUGGUGGACUCGGUGGCGGACUCGGUGGCGGACUCGGUGGAGGAUACGGCGGAGGCCUCGGCGGUGGCUUCCUCGGAGGCGGCGGCGGCGGCGGUGCUGGUGGCCGUGGAUACUACGGAGGUGGUGGAGGAGGAGGUUACAGGGGCGGGUACGUCGACGAGACGCCCAAGCCGUACAACUUCGGCUACCAAGCCCAGGGUCCCGACGGUUCCAGCUCUCGCCAGGAAGUAUCGGACGGUAGCGGCCGCGUCCAGGGAGUCUACACCAUCAACACGGAGGGCGGCCAGAGGAAGGUGAAGUACGCCGCCGACGCCGGCGGCUUCCGCGCCACCGUCGAGACCAACGAACCGGGCACCGAGAGCGACAGCCCCGCCGACGUGAACCUCGUGUCGUCCCAGCCUCCCGCCUCCCAGCUGGCUGCCAAGUACGGCCCUACCACUUCGGCAUACGGAGGCCGCGGCGGAUACGGCGGCGGCUACGGCGGCGGUGCGUACGGAGGAGGUGCCGGCAGAUAUGGCGGCGGUGCCGGUGGCUACGGAGCCGGAGGAUACGGUCUCGGCGGGGGUCUCGGCGCAGGCGUCGGCGGAUUCGGCCGGGGAGGAUUUGGCGGCGGCGCCGGACGAUUCGGAGGCGGCGUCGGCGGUUUCGGCGGCGGAGCUGGAGUGCAGGCCUUCAAGGUCCACCACGGCGGCGGCGGUGCCGGUGGUCUCGGAGGAUUCGGAGGAGGCGCUGGUGGCUACGGCGGCGCCGGCGGAUACGGCGGAUCAGGCGCCGGUGGAUUCUUGGGCGGCGCCGGCGGCGGAUACCGCGGCGGAGCCGGAGGCUUCGGCGGGAAAUACGGUGGCGGUGCUGGCGGCGGUGCUGGCGGCGGCGCGGGCUGGCAGUGGUGAAGAGGAGAAGCCCGAAUGUGUCUGUGCUAGACUUUGUGUGCGCGUGCAUGAGGACGUGCUUGCAGUCGUCGUCGUCGUUGUGUAUUUGUCCCCCUCUGUACGUGUCUGUGCUUCGUUGUGUGCGUGGGACCGGGGUCAGAUCUUAUGGAGAGCCCCGCAAGCAGGGCUCUUCAACUCGCGGUGUAUGGAUAAAUGUGGUGUGGUCCUUUUUCUCGCUGCGUUGAGGAAUAAACGUUACUUGUUGACAAAAAAGCAA